AUGGCGAGUUCAAUUAUUUUGGCUGGUCUUGGGAUGGCUGCGAUAGGAUUUGCUGGUCGUUAUAUACUCAGACAGAUGCCGAACGCUUCAAUAAAAUUUGCUGAAGCUGUUAAAAAUCUUCCCAAAUUCGAUGCAGAUAGUUUAGCAAACUCUAAAUAUUAUAAAGGUGGUUUUGAACAUAAAAUGACUAAGCGAGAAGCCGCCUUAAUUUUGGGAGUUAGUCCAACUGCAAGUAAAGCUAAGAUAAGGGAUGCUCAUCGAAAGAUUAUGCUUCUAAAUCAUCCUGAUAGAGGUGGAUCUCCUUUGAUUGCGGCUAAAAUUAAUGAAGCAAAGGAUCUUCUUGAAAGUGGGAAAUCAUGA